GAGUAUAACCUAAAAAUUUGUUUUGUUAAAGUUCAUUAUGAGUGUAAAAUAUUGUCAUAAAUUUAAAUUCGUAUACUGUUACUAUGUAUUAAACUACAUUACAAAACCUAUGGCGAAGUAAAAGUUCAGUAUGAAAACAAACCAGCGAACGGAUAAUGGUUUAUACAUAAAUGAAAUAAGAGCUAAAUGUUAAAAAGCAAGUCUGGAUGGUCAAUAAAUUGUGCCGCGUGUUUGUGUACUCAGAUACGUUGCGGUUGAUUGUUUUAUUGGAUCCCGGCCAAAAAGCUCGGUGCCAUUAAUAUGCACUACAGAUUGUAUAGUAUAGUGCGUGCGGAAGUUAUAAUCAGGAAAUAAACAAAUGAUUUUUUUCAUAAAGAAUACGAAUAAAUGACCUAUAUGUUCCAAAGAACAGUGUUCUAAAAUAUGUAAUAACGUGAGAGUUAUUCAACGUCGUCACCUUGUACGGCAAUGGGAGGAGUGCGGCGCGACGGGGCAUCUCUUGUAGCCUGCGAUGUUUCGCACAAGUCAUAGGAUACAGGCGUUUUAUCUAUAAUACACGCAAGGUGAGGCAACUGCCAAAAGGGCAAUCUAGACAGAUAUAAGCCGUGAACAUCCUUACGAAGUGUAUUCAGGUGCCGGAGUCCGGACGAGUUGUAUCAGAUCAAACCACCCUUUAUAAAAUGAUCUUUCUGUUGCCUUUAAUGGUGUUGGGUGCAGCGUCCGCGGCGAGACUGGAACAUCUGACGCAGGGCUACCAAGGCGGCUCCGGAGCACCUUUCAACUACGAAAAUGUCAACAAUGGAGAUGGCAGUUAUCGCUAUAGUUACGACACACCCACCGGUAUAUCGCACGAGAGCGGUGCGCCCAGGGCUCCAGGUCCCGAGGGUCUUGCAGUGACUGCAGAAGGCGGGUUCUCCUUCCGCACAAUCGAUGGCCAACAGAUCUCACUGACGUACACCGCCGAUGAGAACGGCUUCCACCCCGUCGGAUCUCACCUUCCUACGCCGCCACCGAUCCCAGAAGCGAUUCUACGCUCAAUUGAAUUCAACCGACAAAAUCCGUCUUCUGAGGACGGUUCUGGUGGUCGUAACGCCUACAGGUACUAGGCGCCCUCUGCCGGUGACAACUUAAACGAGAUAUGCAUACCUCAUAGCACGGACUGUGAUAAAAUAUUAAAGUCCCUUCUCGCACACCCCUAUACAAUUAUUUUUGUACUGUAAUUAUGUUUUUUUAAUUA